GCGACUCGCGACGUCGCGACAGCGCGCAGUCUCGAUGCGCGGUGUCACGCGAGGGGGUCUCUAUCCGGCGCGGUGCGGGGAAGGAUUAGCGCGACGACAACAGCGGGGAAAGCGCGUCGAGGUCGAGGUAGAAACGAGAGAACGAGCCGCGCGACACACCGUUCCCUUUGUUAUGAUACGCGUCCGCGGUGUCGGGGUCCGUGUCCCGGUCGCGUAGAGACGGUGGCCGCGAACGCGAACGGACAGGCAGGCGAUCUCGAUCGACGCGGCCGAGAGGAUCCAUGAGAGAGUCGACGCGACGUGCCAGCGAUAGCGCACCGCGGUACGAUGCGAUAGCUUUCACCGGCGGGGUGCCCGACGAGGAGGUCGCCGUCGUGGUGGCGGACGAGGCGGUGUCCGCGCGCCGCGAACACGGGGGGAAGCGUGACAGCGGCAGGGCGUGCGUGCUCGCCCCGUCGGUCGCCCGCAGUAUGCUCAGGGUCUGCGACAGUAGGAUAUUAUGGCUGCGGGUGAGGCCAGCACGGCGAGGCCUCGUCAAGAGAAGCAGUACGACUACCUGCUCAAGUUCCUGCUGGUGGGCGACAGCGACGUCGGCAAGCAAGAGAUCUUGAGCGGCCUCGAGGACGGCGCCGCGGAGUCGCCGUUCUGCAGCGGCAGCGGCAGCGGUGAGGACUUUUCGGAAUGUUCAUCAAACAUCUCCUCGAUCACGUCUUACAAGACUACCACUAUCCUGCUAGAUGGGAAACGAGUGAAGCUACAAUUGUGGGACACGUCAGGCCAGGGUAGAUUCUGCACCAUCAUACGGUCUUACUCCAGGGGUGCGCAAGGUAUACUCCUGGUGUACGACAUCACCAAUAAGUGGUCCUUCGACGGCAUCGACAGGUGGCUGAAAGAAGUUGAGGAGCACGCUCCGGGCGUGCCGAAGGUCUUGGUCGGCAAUCGCCUGCACUUGGCUUUCAAGAGACAAGUGGGCGAACGAGAUGCCGAGGCUUACGCGGCCAAGAAUCGAAUGGCGUUCUUCGAGGUCUCGCCUCUCUGCGAUUUCAAUAUCCGCGAGAGCUUCUCGGAACUCUCUCGGAUGGCGCUACACAGGAACGGCAUGGAGAGAUUGUGGCGAUCCAAUAAAGUGCUCAGCCUGCAGGAACUGGCGUGCCGCGCGAUAGUGGCCCGAACGACGGUUUAUGGGAUCGACCAGCUGCCGCUGCCCAAGUCGAUCAAGUCGCAUCUCAAGUCGUACGCGAUGACGACCACGUCCCAACUGGCCCAAUUGCGUUAUGGCAACCGCUCGUUGAGCUCCAGCAAGAGCCUCGGGUCGCAUCACCGGAAGCUACGCUUCGUCGGGGUGGGCCACAACAACGGCGGACUGUCGACGCCCGGCAGCUCGCCCGGCAGCAUCGCCGACUCCCGCACAAGUUGCGUCGGUCGCAAUUCCUGCACGGUGUCUUGAGAGCGACGGCGAACAGAGAAGUUCAGGGUAGCGAUUUACUUACAGAAGCGUUGCGCAGCAAUCAGCGUUCUUCCUUCCCCUCCCCGUUCUGUCGAGGAUGCAAACGCGUUUACGGUGUUGUUUCCACGAUUCAUAGUGAUUACCGUUUAGACCGUUACGAGAUGGUAUAAAUAAUAUGAAAUUCCGAUUUGCCACUUGCCAACGUUGACGGAUAUACUUGUUUAUAUAUCACGAGAUACAUAUUCGCAUAUAUUUUCACGUUUGCACGUACAAUUCCACGAUUAAAGGGAGACGAGCUGUCGCGUACCCGUGCCAUCCGUUGUACGAGAUUUAAAAAGGAAAGCGGCGCAAUGUCGCGUAAGCCAGGGAAAGUGCUUGAACAUUACAGAGUGUUAUCAUCGAUUGUAAAGCUCGCGUGGAUUUUUCCAUCGCGAGAAGGGAACGCGUCAGGAUUUACGGAGGUUUAUAAGGUAUAUCGCCACAUGAUAUAUAUCGACCGACAUUACAUUACGCGACUCGAGUGUGCCCAUACUUUUAAAGCCCUUGUAAGCCGCUUCGUUUCUUUUGGCCGUUGUUGGAAAAGCAUCCCUCUUCCCACAAACGUAUCUCUCUGUGCGGAAUGUUCUUUCUUCGUGCGUAAGCUUACGAGAGCAGCGAGUAAUGAACUGAAAAGUACAAGUUCGCUAAGUCUACGGUGGUUGUGGUGUAGACUAAUGAUGAUAUAGCGUAAGUGUAGAAAGUUUAGAGCAGCUAACUCGAGAUAUAUAUUAGCGACAUAUAUGUAUGUAUAUAUAUACAUAUAUGCAUAUAUACAUAUAUAUAUUUUCAAUUGCUUGCGACGCGAAAGCCGUUUUAUCGGAAACUACCGGUUACCGAGCGCGAAAGAGCUAUAUAUUUUUUAAGGAGACGGUUUUAUAAAGAGCAAUAAAAUUGACUCUUUCUACGGCACGAGUUUUUACAUUUCAUUACGUUGAUCGAUCGAGAUCGCAUGAUGAUCUCCUCGAUGUUUUCUCUUUCUCUACCCCGUACGAAUCACGCAAGACGAUAUCGAUCUUUAUUCCCCUUCGUAUUUAACGAAAUCUGGAAAAUCUCCCCCGAAUAAACGCUAUUUAAGAGUAUCGUCUUAUUUCACGUUACCUAAAUGUAUGUUACUAAAUCCACAGUGUACAGUGUAAGAUUGCAGGAGAUGCGUUUGUGUGUAAUAUAGAUAGAAUAGAUAGAAACACACUCGAUCUCUAACGAUAUGUCUGUAACAAAUCACUCGAUGCCAGGAAAGCACAUGAGAUGUAUAUUUACAUUACGUUAGACUUAACUAAAUUAUAUUCUGUGUAUAUAAAGAAAGAACUAUAUUAUAUUAUAAUAUUGUUUUAUAUGAAUAUA